GCGUCGCUGAUUGGUCGAGAGCCCGCGCACUUGCGCGCUCAAAUUUGAACGUGCAGGUGCUCCGACUCGAUUUCGAAAGGCAGGGGAUGGCCUGGAAAACCGCCAAAUGACGCCGUGACAUUGAAUUUCAGGUGACGCGAAGAGCCGGGGAAGUUCUCCCGCCACUUGGCGCCGGUUUUAUCUGUUUCUUGCCGGCACGAUGAUUUAUGUAUUUUGGAUAGUUCCACUAAAUAACCUGUCUCAAGCCACCUAUAAUUAGAACGCGUAUCUGUAUAACUUGUGGAGAGGAAAGUGGUAUUCCCGCAUUCAAAUAAUCCGUAUUUAUCGCCUUAUUACGGUAAUCACGAGUUUCUAGGAAAUGUUAGACGUGAUUGGCUGGGUGGGUAAAAUAGUAAAUCUGUUUCACCGAUCGAUUUAUACCCGAUUUUUUCACCUACGGAUAAAUUCCCGAUCAAGUUAUCCAGAAGAUAUCUUUCAGUUCGGUUCUCUUCACUUCCAGUUAAGAGUUAUCCUCCGGAUUCGGAUAUCCUCGUACUCGCGGGUCAACAGCCGGGACGGGUUAAUCGUCGGUGACAGUGGAAGCUGCUGGAUUGUCGCGUUAUAAGUAUACCACUACGGCAAAUUAUAUACGAAAUUCGAUGGUUACCCACGGACCUACUGCCCUCUAUGGCCACGCCGCGUACUAAGGACGGGAGCAGCGCGAAAUUUGAAUCUCCCAAGGAGCAGAGCCAGAGGGGCCGAGCCGCGGUGUGCCGUAACGUGGCGUGCCGAGGUGUUGCCUCAGAAGGCCCCAUUGGCCAAUGGGGGGGCCCGAGGCGACGCCAUUGGGGCUACCACCCAUUUUUAUUUUUUUUUCCUCUAGAUAACGAAGCUUAGAAUGGCUUAAAAUUCAGUGAAAAAAAACCAAACCUUUACUUAUCUGGCAGAUAUCUUUAUCCGGAGGAUAGCUAUCCGGGAAUAUGCAAAAAUCGGACCUUAGAUUGUAUUUGAUGAAUUUAUUGGAUGUCACGCGUAGAAUGUCGCAUCAAAUUUCGAUGAAAUAAGCGCGACGCGAGUGCGGAAACUCUGGACUUGAUUUGACACGAUGCUUCGCUCUCUUAUUCGGAUGCUUGUAUUCUAUGCUUAGUUAUGGCUUAUCGCGCGGUUGUGCGAGAUACCUUCCUUUUUUAAGAGAAAAUGUUUUAUAUUAUUAUUUAAUUUAAUUAGACUUGUUAAUUAGGCUUAAUACGACAGUCUAAUUAGAGUAACAGUGUACUCUUUACUGGUUGAGAGGUUAAUGCCUUCACAUCGAUUCUAACCUGUAUCGCUAGUGAUGCGUUCAGAAGCGUGUUGAAAUGUAAGCAUUUAAAAGAUGUGAUGAUAACUCAUGUCUUUGAUAUUAACAUAAGAAGGAAUAGAAUUUAUAAAAGUGAGGCACAGUCAAUUAUUAAAUGAUGUCCCAACGAGUAACAAUGACAACCUCAGAAAUGCCAAACAACUCGUUAUCAUGGGAACCUCUAAGACUGACGCAUCUUAAGCCUUCGUUUAACAACAAUGAAGUAGCUCUUGCUGGAUGCCAAGAUCUCUGGCAUAAAUUCAUCAUUUUUAAUGCUGCAAACCACAAAAUGCCUACGAUUCUGACUGCUGUUAUUGUAACCUGCGAGCCAGAAGUUCUUAUACCAGUUAUGUACAAAAUGGAGAAUGAAAACAAAUGUGUGUUUCUUGCGAAGUGUACUUUGGUAGCAAUAGAAAACCUCGUAAAGCAGAACUUGACGAUAAUGUUGCCCUCGGGACAAGUUCUGUACAUGGACAUCGUUUUGGGAUUCCUCGACACGCAGAACUUGAUGAUAAACCCUAGUAAAGCUGUGACCCAUGCCUUGUAUUAUCGAUAUGAACCAGCUAAGAAGAUAUUAAAUCUCGAUAACUUUGAGAACGAUAAAAACUUGGGCCCAAUGUAUUGUCCAUUAUCGGCUCCCAGAGUCUUUCUGUUUGUUUUGCGUUGUGCAAAAAUGGGAAUUUUGGGCAACGCUCGUGAUAUGAAACUCCCUGUACGAGAGUUAAGUCUUCGCAACAAUGGCAUAACUGCUAUAAUGCCGUAUGAGAAAUUUUUCAACUACCAUUUAACGAAAUUAGACCUGAGGCACAAUAAAAUAGAUGAUGUGGAUUAUUUACGGUAUUUCUCAGAAUUUAGAAUAACGGAAUUAUGGUUAGAUGGAAAUCCUUUAUGUACAAGGUACAAUACAUCGGAAGAAUAUAUACAGGCUAUAAAACUUGUAUUUCCACACUUGCAAAAGUUGGAUGGAAUUUCGAUUGGCGUGGAAAAGAAAUUCGUACCCAUGUUGCAGCCUCACUAUCUGGGAGAUGGCUCUAGAUCAGGUUUGAUCAAGCAAUUUGUAAAGCAUUACUUCAUGUUGUUUGACCAAGAGGACAGAAUCGUUAUGCAUGGUCUAUAUGACACAGAUGCAUUUUUCUCUAUGACUUUGGUAACAACCUCUAACUAUGUACAUAGAUAUCUGUCGAGGCUCGUUGCCAACAACAGAAACUUACUUAAGUUUGUUGAUUAUGCCAAGUGUCAUGAAUUUCUAUUACAAGGACCUGAACGAAUCAUUAAUGCACUUAGACGUCAUCCGAUUACUGUGCACAAUUUAAAGACAUUUAAUAUUGACUUACUUCAUGUAGGAAGUAGACAUGCAGUGAUCUCGGUGCAAGGCUUAUUUUCCUAUAAACAAUUGCCAGGAUCACGUAUGUCAUUUAACAGAACGUUCAUUAUUGUCGCAAAAGAAGACAAUGAAUAUUGCAUCGUUAAUGAUCAGUAUCAUAUCGACAAUGCUCCAAGUAUAGUGGACAAUAAAGAUUUAAGGCAAGAAGUGAAAGAAGUGCCGAUAUUCAAACCUACACUGUUUAGUCCCUCCGAGAAGGAACAGUUACUUGGAUUUUUACAUGAGCUAACUUCAAUGAACUUGAAAUUUUGUCAAAGAUAUUUAGAGGAUGCCAAUUGGAACAUUCGUGGAGCGAUAAUCAACUUCAUGAAAAGUUAUACAGUCAAUGACGUACCACCUGAAGCAUUUAGGUAAAAUCAUGUAGUCAAACAAU